GUGACAGGGUGUCCAGUAUCUAAGCAUCAAGAAUCCUUUUCCCUUCCUCAAGGUGACCCCAGCUUAAAUUGCCUGGCAUGAUACUGAGUAAGCUUCUAGGUGUCCCGUCAUCUGAUUUUGUGUACCUGAUAUCAGUACUGCCGAGGUACACACCUGACACAGAUGCAGAGCUAACAUUUCCUAGGUCCCAAAGAUUCCCGAGUCAGAGGGUGGUUCAUGUUGGACUCUUACCUGCCUACCUUUGUUCUUACUGUCAUCUAUUUGCUUUCAAUAUGGCUGGGUAACAAAUACAUGAAGAACAGACCUGCUUUUUCUCUCAGGGGAAUCCUCACCUUGUAUAAUCUUGGCAUUACACUUCUCUCCGCCUACAUGUUGGUAGAGCUCAUUCUCUCCAGUUGGGAAGGAGGCUACAAUUUACAGUGUCAAGAUCUCACCAGCGCUGGGGAAGGCGAUAUCAGGGUCGCCAAGGUGCUAUGGUGGUACUACUUCUCCAAAUUAGUUGAGUUCCUGGACACAAUUUUCUUUGUUUUGCGAAAAAAGACAAGUCAGAUCACUUUCCUUCACGUCUACCAUCACGCCUCCAUGUUCAACAUCUGGUGGUGUGUCUUGAACUGGAUACCCUGUGGACAGAGUUUCUUUGGACCAACACUGAACAGCUUUAUCCACAUUCUAAUGUACUCCUACUAUGGACUCUCUGUGUUUCCAUCCAUGCACAAGUACCUUUGGUGGAAGAAAUACCUCACACAGGCUCAGCUGGUGCAGUUCCUGCUCACCAUCACACACACGCUGAGUGCCGUCGUGAAGCCCUGUGGCUUCCCCUUCGGUUGCCUCAUCUUCCAGUCCUCCUAUAUGAUGACACUAGUCGUCCUGUUCUUAAAUUUUUAUGUUCAGACAUACCGGAAAAAGCCCAUGAAAAAAGAAACACACACGCUGCCUGCAGGAAAAGAAGUCAGGAAUGGUUUUUCCAAAGCCUACUUCACCACAGUGAAUGGAGUGAUGAGCAAGAAAGCGCAGUGACCAGCGACAGGAGCGCACCCGGCACCAGCCCUGCAGCGCAGCUUGUUUUAAAGCAAAGACUGAAUUGAAAGUUGUAUGUUUUAGCAUAAACUAAUUUCUUUUGAGUUUAUAAAUCAUUUGUACCAGAAUGUAUUAAUAUAUUGCUAUUAGGUUAAUCCGUUAACUGAAUGCUUUGGUCAGCAUCGCGGCGAUGCUGGACCCUGAAACUUCAGAGCAGGUGCCCGUCUCCCUCCUCCCGCCAAGCAGACUCACCCUCGCUAGAAACUCUAAUGCUGUGUACGCAGCUGUGGGCACGCCAGAGCCAGGGGCGUACAGCACGACGUCACGGCAACUCUUCGAGUAGAGUGUUGUUCAGAUUAAACUGCAAAACAAAACGUCGUAUUGUAAAUACAGGUGUGAUCUAAUCUACAAUAAGCAAUAAUUGUCGGUGCAUAAAGGAAUCAACCCCAGAAAAUAUUAAAAUGGGAUCAAAAAGUGAAGACAAAAACCUAGUGAACCCUUGUGGGCCAGAGUCUUGUUUAUCAAAUUCUCACAACCACUUCUGAUUCUAAAUUAGUGAUUUGGCAGUGAAAUUUCUUAAUUUUCAAAAUAAUUUGAAGAUUAGAUUAUUCGAAACAGAUUUUUCUGCCAAAUCCUUACUACUCAGGGGCUUUGGAUAUAGGAGUUUCCCUCUGUUUUAAUUUGGUUUCUUUAACAAUUCAGAUAUUCAUGUCCACCUCCCAUGUUAGCUAGCCUAGGCCAGUAAAGGUCUGAGCUCCUCACUGAAAGCUGUCUCUCCGUCUGGCCGCCUCUUUCUUGGUGGAAGAGGACUGUGGUCCAGUCUGCCCUCUUCCUAGAAUGUCUGUGCCACUAGAGCACUUACCGAACCGGGAUUCACAGAAAUGGAGGUAAAGCGUGUUGAACUUGUCUAUUUUGAGAGCCUACUCAUGAAUAUUAUUCCAAAUACUUGCUAUCAAUCUUUGCAGGUUAUUUAAGCAUUUGAAAAUAGGAAGAAAAUGGUGUAGUAGUUUGGAAAGGGUCUGGCUCCGAGCCAUGGCUGGUGAUGAGCACAGUGACAGUGCCAGCUUGGCAGACUCAGCCCGUCCUCUCCCAGCUCAGCACCGAUCUGAGAACCAGCACAAAGGCAGAGGGAGCACUGAACACCCCCCCGCCCAGUGCUGGACUGUUGGUCACUAUUAACUGCACCAAGAAUGAAAACAAAGAAUAUUCUCUAAGGGUUAGUUCAUCUUUCCCAUCUGGUUUCUUUUUAAUAAAAGUUUUUAGGUCAUGACAUUAACGUCAGAGGCACAGGCACUGGAAAGGCACGUUCAGCGCUGCGCCAACCAUGGUGACUUUCUGUGCCCUCCCGAGCUUUAGUUUGAAAUUCUCCCUGUCUGAAAACUAGACCAGCUCAUAAGCAGUCCUCUCACGCCAGCUCCCCUCUCCCAGGCCUCUGCACUUGAUGAAAGGUGACCAGCACUGCAUGGUCUUCAGGUGAGCGCAUCCUGCCCUGUGACGCCUCGUUUCUUCUGGCUGGUCAUUUCUGUUGAGAUCCUCUCCUGUCUCAUGCCUGCUUACUCAUUUUUUCUUCAUACCCCUGCUCUGGUACUGGGGUUUGAACCCAGGGGCACUUAACCACUGACCCACAUCCCCAGUCUUUGAGACAAGGUCUCCCUAAGUUGCCCAGAUCUCAAACUUAGUCCUCCUGCCUCAGCCUCCCAAGUUGCUGGGAUCCCAGGCAUGAGCCACACACCCAGCUACUCUAUUUCCUAAAUGGUUUUCUAGAGCUGACUUGCUCUAAGGUGCUGAAUCUCAUUGCGUUACUCCUCACUUUAACUGUAUUUAGUGUACUGUUCACUCCCAGGAAUUCAUUUUUAAAUAAGGGCUAGCUCCGAGUAUGACUGUUACUGCUCUUCUAUGAUAAGAUGCGGACUGGACUAAGGAGAAAGUCCCUUAGAGAAACUGGGACUUGAGUUCUGUUUUAGUUCCCAGACACAGGCUGAAAUCUGUUACCAAAGUGCAUUCCAGGUGAAAACGAGACUCGGGAGACCACAUGUCCUCACCAGCUUAUCGUCACUGUACCCAGCUUACUCUUACUUGCCAACGAGGCCCUGAAGCCUCACCAGCACCACACCUGCAAGUGGACGUUCCAUGGGCUUCACAUCUGUAGAGCAAGUCUAGCAGCUGUCAGCACAGGCAGCAUGAAACCGCUCAAAGUGGAGGCAGAUUCUACUAAAGCUUAAACACUCAGAGCCUUAAACCAUUCAAGGGCUGAUAAAGGUACACAGAGCUAUGAGAUCUGAGCCACAGAAAUUGAAUCAGGUAAAUAUUUUAACCUGUUAUUAAGUGCUAUGACUUUAAGAAACCAAAAUAUAUGUUUAAUGUGAUUUUUCUAAAGCAUAACUGUGAAAGAAAUACUAUAUGUAAUCUAUUAAGAAAUGGAAAAUGUUUUUACACAUAAAUUUCCACUUGUGGGAAUGAAAAUACAAUAAAGCAUAUUUGUUAAUUCCAGUUUUUAAAACUAAAAUAGAUUUGUUUGAAUGGAAUUAAACAAAUUUUCAACCUAUCAGAAGCACUUAUUGAACUAUUUAGACAUGUUGGUGGAUAAAGUUCCCUCCGCCCCCAUUAGAGAAGUGUUUAAGAAAAAAUGUUACUGUAAUGGAAAAAAUGCAUUUUGUAUGUAAGAGACUAUUUAGUUUCCCCCCAUUAUUUCUGUAUCAUUUUAUGUUCCUGAGGGGUACUUAUUUGGAAAAUAAGGAUAUCACUUUUGUUUUCCUUUGAAAGUGUGUGUAUCUUAACAUAAUAUCAUGAUUAGGGUGGACAGGGAGACAGGAGAAGCCAUUUUUCUUUGUAGAUAAAAAGCAUUCUGUAUGAUUGUUAUAUAAUAAAUUGAUUUUUUUACAUUAAAGCAAAGCAUGUUACUGUUUUUCUUAUUUGGCUCAAAGAAGUUAAUUUGUGUGUGUGGUAUUCCAAAUGACCUAUCACUCAGGAAUUUUUUUUUACCAAUAAAAUGAUACUUAAGC